AUGGCUACAUUUCAAGACGGAUGUAUUUUUUGUAAGAUCGUUAAAGGGGAGUCACCUUCUGAGAGCAUUUAUGAGGACGAUGACCUAAUUUGUAUUAAGGAUAUUAAUCCAGCAUCAGAUCAUCAUUAUUUAAUAAUUCCUAAGAAUCAUAUUGCUAAUGCUAAAGAACUCAAAUUGGAGGAUGAACCACUGUUUGACAAAAUAGUAGACACUGUAGAGGUUGUAGCAGCACAACAAGGUCUAGAUCUUGGAUCAACUAGAACAGGGUUCCACUGGCCACCCUUCAAUACUGUAAAUCAUUUGCAUUUACACGUAAUUUAUCCAGUGGAAAAUAUGAAUUUCUUGAAGCGGCAAAUGUUUAGACCAAAUUCGUUGUGGUUUGUUAGUACUGAUUAUGUCAAGUCGCGGUUCAAUGUCGCGAGUUAA